AUGGCCGCGAAUCCCUUUUCACCUCCAGCGAGCGUCCUCAGUUUUGGUGACCAAACCCCGAUGGCCACUCCUGGUGCUCAUAAUGACAGUCAUUAUCCAUUCCCAGAAGCCAGACCUCGCAGCGGACUCACUUCUGUCGCUAAUAGUGUCGCCGAUCUUCCGCGAAUGUCUUCAUCAAUAUACAGUAGCAGUCGACCCACUACUUCGUCGUUAUCUGACUCCCCCCAUGCCAGCUCACGCCAUCUCUCAGGUCGUCUCAGAGAGGCUUUUGCUGCUCCUUCUUCACGUCCUCUCACAAUCCAUAGUGCUCUAGCCCCGGCGAAAUCAAAGAGAGACCGUCCCAAGUCAACUAUGCUCACGACGGCGCCCAACAAACCUUGGCUGUCUUCGCGUGACCCCUACGCUCGCAUCGCGUACUCCCUUACGUACGGAAUGAUCUUUGUUGGAGUGGUUGUCAGCGCCGUUAAAUGUUUCCUGGACUAUCGGAACGUGCCAAUGAUCACAGGAAAUCUCUGCAUGGUCCUCAAUGAAGACUUUAGUAGCGAAGAUGGUGUAUUUGGGGACAACGGGACAUUUUUCAGAGAGGUUGACAUGAGCGGUUUCGGGAACGGCGAGUUUGAAAUGACGACUGCUUCUGAAAAUAACUCCUUUGUUGCAAAUGGCCAUCUGUACAUUCUUCCGACCUUGACUUCUGACAGUAUCCCAAUGGCUGAUAUACUCGACGGGCAUGUAUAUAACAUCUCCGGAUGCACGUACAACAUCACCCAGGGGCUAUCCUACACUGACUCUUCUUCAACUGCGGCCACAAAUGUAAACGAAACUGCUAUCGGAUCCAACACGUUCGACGCUGAAGCUUACUACAAAGCGUGUUCUGCGGUCAGCAAUGCUACCGCGGGAACGAUCAUCAACCCCGUCCAAAGUGCGAGGCUUAGCACACGAAAAACUGCCAGUAUGAAAUUCGGAAGAGUCGAUAUGUGGCCUGCGAUAUGGAUGCUGCCCGUUGACGACGCUUACGGGGCAUGGCCUCUGAGUGGGGAGAUUGACAUCAUGGAAGCACGAGGGAAUGGGCCAAGUUAUCCCAAACAAGGAACCGAUUAUGUCCGCGGAUCGUUAAAUUGGGGUCCUCUGACAUGGCUCAACGAAGUCUGGCGAACAUACGGAUGGUGGCAGAUGAAGAGAGGUUCCUACGACAAAGGAUUCCAUACCUAUUCACUUGAAUGGACCGAAAAAUUCAUUCGUAUAUAUGUCGACUCGCGUCUACAUCACAUGUUGGAACUCAACAUCAACGAAGCUUUCUGGGACCGGGGUGAUUUCCCCGCUGUUGUCCAAAAUGGCUCUGAAGUUGUUGCUCUUGAGAAUCCUUGGGUCAAUGGGACUAAUGCUGCCCCUUUUGAUCAGCGGUUCUAUCUUAUUUUGGAUGUUGGUAUUGGGGGAACAAACGGAUGGUUUCCCGAUGGACCAGAAAAGCCUUGGUUGGAUGGCUCUCUGACUGCUAUGCGCGAUUUCUUGAAUGCUCAGGAUCAAUGGUACCCAACAUGGCCUACAAAUCCAGACCAACGUGCUUUUGUGAUCGACUCUGUGCAAAUGUACGAGCAAUGUUAAGCUCUAUUCGUCUGUUCCCCUUCAGUGUAGUAUCACAAAAAUAAACAUUCCUCACCUCUCUUUAUGUGAAUCCAUCUCCUAUGCUUUUAAGUGCGUUCCUCAAAGGCACAGAGGUACAUAUCUAAUCGUAACAUUCCUUUCCACUCGUUUGUAAAGGCACCCUUCAUCUCCUGUGUUUUUAGUUGUAUUUCUCAAAGUGCACAUAAAUAAAUACACACGUACACUACUUAUUCCACGGACUGAUAAAUACAAUACCUCUACCCACUAUCAUCUUUCGUCAUUGGCUGUCGUAAUUGUUUCGUGAAAAAACAUUGCCGCCCUUCUCCCGAAGUAGUGCCUCAAUUAUGAUUUCGAUUCCCUCAACUUUAAGAGUUAAACGCCACACGCUCCACCUCUUCACAUACUUUCCUGAUCCUUUCC